AUGGACACGACGAUAUCACUGAGGAGGCAAGACCUGGUGUGCAUUGUGUGCUUCGGCAGCUAUGACCUGGCGACGCGGUUGCCACGGCGCCUGCACUGUGGCCACGCCUUCUGUCAGGCCUGUCUUAAGAGACUGGACACGGUCAUCAAUGAACAGGUGUGGAUCCCCUGUCCUCAGUGUCGACAGAACACGCCUCGGCCCAGAGGGGGAGCAGCAGGUCUGGACCUGGACUUGGCCUCCUUCCUGGGAGUGAAGGCCCAGCAGACCUGCACCUCCUCCUGCUCCCUGUCCUCCUGGAGCUCCGGCCACAGAGAGGGGAUGCCGGCUGGAGACGCAGCCCAGGACAGGAAGCUGUGGCUGGGGAAGGAGGUCACUGAUGACAGCUGGUCGCACGGAGGACUGGCUGAGCCACGCUUCCAUCGCUAUGGCAACUGUUGCCCGCUGCCAUCUUGCUGGCUGUGCUGCUGGUUCUGUUGCCCCAGGCGGGGCUAG